UUGAAGGAUAUAUUGCCUGGGCUAAAGAGCAACAAGAUCCACUUUAUCAAAUAAAAUAUGAACAAAUGUUUGUUUAUCUUCAAGUUAUAGAAAAAUAUUGUGUUGUAUCUAGGUUGGGCAUUUAUGAGCAACAUCAAGGAUUGGAUACAAUUUUGGAAGAAGUGAACAAAAUGCUAAAGACUUUAAUAUCUCCUGUUCCACAGAAUCACCAUUGGAAGAUUGCAGCUCAUAAUUGUAAAAAAUUCUUCAAAGUAACAAACACAAGAACUUCAUAUCAAAGCCUAGGAAAUGAUGAAUUGAAAGCAGAUAUGCAAAACAACAAAGAAAACAUGACCAAGGUAGAAAUUUCAUUAAAAAUAGAAACCCUCCUUGAACAACUAUCUGAAACUGCUUGGAAAAAAUAUUCUGGAUUUAGAUUAAAAAAGCAAGACGAAUUAUUAAGUAUUUUACAGGAAAUAAAGUGUUUAUUUAACUCGGAUAACAAAUUUAAUAAUCAAGAUUCAUUAAAAAAUUCAUAA